AUGCCGUCGGCGGGUAAUGAGGAGAUUUUGAAGACGUUGAUGUUUGGCGUAAAGACGCAAAAACCAAGAACAAAAAAUAAGACAGACACGGCUGGUGAAGAUGCGUUGCGGAUUCGGAUUCUACCCGAAGGCAUCCAAGACAUUCAUGGAGAAUCUGCAAAGAACAUUGUCGUAGAGGACGAAGGCGUGGACAUCUUGAAAGGUCAUCGUUUGACAACCAUCGAAAAUCCGCACGGGUUUGUUAAACAACAAGAGCAACAGGACAAGAAGGCUGAGAUGAUCAAAGAAGUUCGCCGAAUGAAUGCCAUAUUAACAUGGGGAGAUACAAUUCCGGACCCAAUUAUCGAUUUCGAUUCUCCAAUUUUUCCGGAUCAACUGGUGCAAAACAUAAAGGAAUUUGGCAUCAAAGAGCCUUCACCAAUACAAAUGCAAGCUAUGGCGCUGAUGAUGGAAAAACGAGAUCUAUUGGCUUGUGCACCAACGGGUUCUGGAAAGACGCUGGCUUUUACGGCUCCAAUCAUUGCCGAAAUUGUUCGAAUCAAAAAAUUGGACAAGUAUUCGGGAGGAGGAAAGUUGCUUUCGAUUGUGCUUGAGCCGACUCGAGAACUAGCUGUUCAAACUUAUCGCCAAUUUCUGAAAUUCUCGCAAGGUUUAGAGGUUACAGUGGCGACAUUAGACGAACAAGAAGAAUUGGCUAAAGCUGAUGUGAUUGUUGGCACCCCUAAGAAAUUGGUCGAACUUCUUCCGAGUUUGUCGCUAAAAUGGUUGCGAUGGUUAGUGGUUGAUGAAAGCGAUCGUCUUUUCGAUAAUAUCAGCAAUAAGAAGGGCAAGAAUAAUGAGACAUUCCGUUCACAGUUGGGGACCAUCUACAAGGCUUGCAAUGGUAAAUGGGCCAAAAAGGCAUUCUUUUCAGCGACUUUCAGUCAAGAGGUUGAGAAAUGGUGCAAAGAAAGUAUUGUCAGUUUAGCGAUCGUGUGCAUUGGAGAACGUAAUGUGGCCAAUUCAAAUGUGGUUCAAGAACUCGUCUAUACGGGAAGUGAGCAAGGAAAAUUAAUUGCUUUGCGGAAUCUUUUCCUGGAGGAUUUCAACCCGCCAGCAUUGGUUUUUGUACAGAGUAAAGAUCGAGCUCGUCAAUUGGAGUCAUGGUUUUCUUCCCUCAAGCCCGCAAUCCCAUAUGCAAUAAUCUCAAGCGAUUGUCGACAGGAAGAUCGUGAUGCAGCAUUGAAUGGAGUUCGAUCGGGAAAAAUAUGGGCUUUGGUUUGCACCGAAUUGAUGGGACGUGGACUCGAUUUGCCGGCCGUCAAUCUUGUCAUCAAUUUCGAUCUUCCCACAACAAUCGUGCAAUACAUUCAUCGGAUAGGUCGAACUGGACGAGCUGGACGCAAAGGACGUGCUAUUACGUAUUUUACACAGAGCGAUUUCAAGUACGUUCGUCCGAUCGCGAGUGUCAUUCGUCAGGCCGGCUUUUCAGUCCCCGAGUACACGCUGAGCUUAAAUCCGAUUGCCAGGAAAGAAAAGAAAGAGAUUUAUCGACAUGCGAUCAAGCGAAAGAACAUAGCUGCGCCGAGAGUUUACAAUGAUUUUCGAAACAUGAUCAUCCAACAGGGAAACACCUACUUGGAGACGAUAAUUGGACGCGACACUUAUGGAGCGGCCUCAAUGACUGUCAUGGGAUGUCAUUUGUUCCUUUCUCGU